AUGCUGCUGGAAGCAGAGCGGGGUCGUGACCAGGAGCGGCCCGGAGCCCGCACGGCCGCCGCCCUCCGCACCUUGGGCGGGGCUGCAGAGAUCCCGCUGUGCGCCGGCUGUGACCAGCACAUUCUAGACAGGUUCAUCCUUAAGGCUCUGGACCGGCACUGGCACAGCAAGUGCCUCACGUGCAGCGACUGCCACGCGCCGCUGGCCGAGCGCUGCUUCAGCCGCGGGGAGAGCGUCUACUGCAGGGAGGACUUCUUCAAGCGCUUCGGGACCAAGUGCGCCGCGUGCCAGCUGGGCAUCCCGCCCACGCAGGUGGUGCGCCGCGCCCAGGACUUCGUGUACCACCUGCACUGCUUUGCCUGCGUGGUGUGCAAGCGGCAGCUGGCCACGGGAGACGAGUUCUACCUCAUGGAGGACAGCCGGCUGGUGUGCAAGGCGGACUACGAGACGGCCAAGCAGCGAGAGGCUGAGGCCACGGCCAAGCGGCCCCGCACCACCAUCACCGCCAAGCAGCUGGAGACGCUGAAGAGCGCCUACAACACCUCCCCCAAGCCAGCCCGCCACGUGCGGGAGCAGCUGUCCUCCGAGACCGGGCUGGACAUGCGCGUGGUGCAGGUCUGGUUCCAGAACCGCCGGGCCAAGGAGAAGAGGCUGAAGAAGGACGCGGGCCGGCAGCGCUGGGGACAGUACUUCCGGAACAUGAAGCGCUCCCGGGGCAGCUCCAAGUCCGACAAGGACAGCGUCCAGGACGGGCAGGACAGCGACGCCGAGGUCUCCUUCACCGACGAGCCGUCCAUGGCCGACAUGGGUCCGGCCGGCGGCCUGUACGGCGGCCUGGGGGAGCCCACCCCGGCCCUGGGCCGGCCCGCCGGAGCCCUGGCCAGCUUUGCGCUGGAGCACGGAGGCCUGGCGGGGCCGGAGCAGUACCGGGAGCUGCGCCCCGGCAGCCCCUACGGCCUGCCGCCCUCCCCGGCCGCCCCGCAGAGCCUCCCCGGCCCCCAGCCCCUCCUCUCCAGCCUGGUGUACCCCGACUCCAGCUUGGGCCUCGUGCCCUCAGGGCCCCCGGGCGGCCCCCCGCCCAUGAGGGUGCUGGCGGGAAACGGACCCAGCUCAGAUCUAUCCACGGGGAGCAGCGGCGGUUACCCAGACUUCCCCGCCAGCCCCGCCUCCUGGCUGGACGAGGUGGACCACGCGCCGUUCUGA